CCUGCAGUUGUUUUGAGCCCGGACCCGAGGCUUUAGUCUGGGAGCUGGAAGGCCUGGGAUCUUGCCCUGCUCCAUCACUCAGCACCUAUGUGACUUGGAGCACGUCAGCGGCCCUCUCUGACCUCAGGUUCCUCUUCAUAAAAUGGGAAUCGUGCUUGUUUUACCUGCCUGGCAGACCGAGUCAGGGCACCGUGGGUCCCCCGGGAUGGAGAGCAGCCCGGCAGGUGCCAGCACAGGAGACCGGCUGGUGAUGAAGAUCAAGCCAGAGAAGCCAGAGUGGCUGCUGCAGACCCUGGCGCCGCCGGCCGCGCUUUCCAAGGACAAGGAAAACAUUUUCCAGCAGCCCCUGGGGCUCCCACCAUGCCAGGCUCUGGGGAAACCCCGAUCCUUGGGGGGACAGGAGGAGACUGGGGGUCCCAGGUGGACCCCUCCCACUGAGCAGGAUGCUGGGUUGGCAGGCCAGGUUCCGGGGGCAGCCCCCGGACCCCUGAGCCCAGUUCUUCCUGCCAGCGCCGGCCACUUCGUGUGCCUGGACUGCGGGAAGAGGUUCAGCUGGUGGUCAUCCCUGAAGAUCCACCAGCGCACCCACACGGGUGAGAAGCCUUACCUGUGCGGCAGCUGCGGCAAGAGCUUCAGCCAGAAGCCCAACCUGGCGCGCCACCAGCAGCGGCACACGGGCGAGCGGCCCUUCCGCUGCCCCGAGUGCGCCAGGCGCUUCAGCCAGAAGCAGCACCUGCUCAAGCACCAGAAGACCCACUCCCGGCCCGCCUCCUACUCCUGCCCCGAGUGCCAGCGCUGCUUCCGCCACCAGCUGGGCCUCCGCACCCACCAGCGCGCGCACGUGCGGGGCCGCCAGGGCGCCCGCGCCGCCGGGCUGUGCGAGCUGCUCCGGGACUCCACCGCCCGCGGGGGCUGCCGCCUGCGUCCGGGGCCGCCGCGGGGGCGCCCCGAGUGGGCCUGGCUGGGGCUCUUCCAGGGCUGGCGGCGCCAAGCGGGGGCCCAGCCUGCCGCCGCCGCCGCCGCGGGGCCCGGCGAGCAGCGCCCGUUCAUCUGCAGCGAGUGCGGCAAGAGCUUCGCGUGGUGGUCGUCGCUGAACAUCCACCGGCGCACCCACACGGGCGAGCGGCCCUACCCGUGCCCCGAGUGCGGCCGCCGCUUCAGCCAGAAGCCCAACCUCACGCGGCACCUGCGCAACCACACGGGCGAGCGCCCGCACCCCUGCGCGCACUGCGGCCGCCGCUUCCGCCAGAAGCAGCACCUGCUCAAGCACCAGCGCACGCACCUGCCCGGCGCCCCGGCGGCGCGCUGCCCGGCCUGCGGUCAGAGCUGCGCCGGCCGCGCGGCGCUGCGGGCCCACCGGUGCGCGCACGCCGCCGCCGCCAAGUCGCUGGGCCCCGGGUCUCAGGCCCAAGGCCUCCCGGGCCGGUCGGCGGCGCCACCACCGCACAGCCCCCCAUCAGCCCGGCGACCCACCGACGGGAGGAGCAGCGCGCGGGAGGAGCUGGUUGGGCCGGGCGAGCAGCGCCAGUUCAUCUGCAGCGAGUGCGGCAAGAGCUUCGCGUGGUGGUCGGCGCUCACCGUCCACCGGCGCAUCCACACGGGCGAGCGGCCCUACCCGUGCCCCGAGUGCGGCCGCCGCUUCAGCCAGAAGCCCAACCUCACACGGCACCGGCGCAACCACACGGGCGAGCGGCCCUACCGGUGCGCGGCCUGCGGGCGCAGCUUCAGCCAGAAGCAGCACCUGCUCAAGCACCAGCGCACGCACCUGCAGGCCCCGCCGCCCGCCCCCAGCGCCAAGGCGGACGCGCUUUAGUGCACUGGGACCGAAGGGGACCCGCAGGGGGAUGUUUGCAGGGUGCCUGUGGGGGAUGGCCAGAGUGGUGGCUUUUAGGACCCCAGCGGGUAAGACCCGAUCAUAAGACUGAAGGCCCGAGAACAGAAUUCCAGGAGAAUCCCAAAGGGUCUCCGUAGGCUGAGAGAGGAGGUGGGAUCAGGCAUUCCUCACCCUGGAGCUGGGAUGUGUCCCGGACAGGUGGAGGGCCAACCCCGUAAACUUACCCAGAGGUGGGACCCCAACCCCUAGCCCUCAGGCGCCAGGUGGGGGCCGGUUGGGGGCUGAGGGAGAAGCUCCCUGGUGUGCAAUGGCCCAGGUUUGGGCUGGCCAGCUGUAGUGCCCCCUGCCACAGGUCGGCGGGGCAGAGGCAAGCACAUUCCCAGUGCAAAGGCAAUGCCUAGCACUUAGUGGCCAUUCAGUACAGAGUUUUGGAAGGAGUGAAUGGUUCUAUGGUCCUGACCGUGAGUGAGUGUCCCACUGCCUAGGACGGGGAUGUGUGAGACGGUCAGGGUCUGGGCCCAAGGGGCGUGGUCCCAGCUGAGGUUUGAUGGCUUGGGAAGGGCCUGGGGCAGGGAAGAGCAAAGCCUGCUGCUCCUACUCUGGGCCUGGGGCAUGCCCAGUGGCUCCUCAUCAUGGCAGUGUCACAGAAGAGAAAAAUGAAGGACUGACUAUCUCA